AUGUCACAUCGUAGUCGAGGCUGCCUUCGCUGCCGCCAACGACGAGUCAAGUGCGACCGCAGUCGACCUUCAUGUCAACGCUGUAUCGCCCGCAAUGAGCUAUGUGUAGGGUAUCGAGAUGAAGGCGAUCUUAUGUUCCAGCAUGAAACUGCAAAAGUCGUCCUGAAAAGUCAAACUUCUACUCCUUCUAACUCGUCUCGGUCUGUCAGGUCCAAAUCCCCUCGAGAUCAUCGCACCAGAAGUAGAUCAGCUGAACGUGCCUCCGAGAGCUCGUUCUCAUCGACUAUUUCUAUCAAUCUUCCACCAGCUUUCCCAUGGUUGAAAGAUCAGUCCGAAACAAAGACACUUUCUGAGGAAGACCAAAUAGCGGACAUAUUCAUCGACAAAUAUGUGUUGCUUCCUUGUAAGGAGUCAUCCUCCCCAGGCUUUCUCGAGCAUCUCCCCUGUUUGUUCAAAGAAGUCAACGUUGAGGGCCGUUAUGCGUUGAGAUUCGCCGUUCAAGCGUGUGCUUUCGCAGACCUUUCUCGAGAACAGAGCUCAGAUGAAUUAGUCCAGAGGUCGCUCGAGUACUAUGGCCAUGCUCUGGGUGCCCUUGGACAUUCUUUGGCAGAGAAGAACAAGACACCAGAUGACUACGAUUUGAUGACAGUGGUUAUGCUGGACAUAUUUGAGACGAUCUUCAUGCCUGAUUGUUUAAUGACCGGUGCACACGCCCAAGGCAUGGCACAUAUCUUACGACUGCGUGGCCAUGAGCAAUUCUACGACCCUCGAGGCUGGGGUCUGUUCCGUCUAGCUCAUCAUCGACUGCAAAAGCAACAAUUAGCUAAGCAAUUAAGCCCACUGCCUGAAUCGCAAGAUUGGCUUGAGACACUCAACGACAACAUAACUUCAGUAAAGCUGGAGAAAGAUGGCCUAGCGAUCAAUCAAAUAUGUCAACAAGCGAACCAGCUACUGAAUUCUAUUGAUGCGGCAAAUAUUGAGACAUGCCAACUGUUAGACCUGGUCGACGAGAUGCUUCGUCUUGAUCAAGAGGCUACUCGCUGGCGAAAGAAACCAGAAUGGAGAUUUCAGAUUAAAUCUCGUAAUGAGAUACUCGGCGACGGAGAGUCUAGCUUCUGGUUACCAGAGUCUGUUCAGCUUCAUCCGGAUUUGUGGAUGGCCUAUGAGUGGAAUUAUCACCGGACUGCACGCAUCAUUCUUCAUCAGAAACUGGUAGCCUGCUUAGAAAAGGUCAAUACUGCACUACCAUCAGAACCUAGAGUUGCAACUCGAAUCACGGGAUCAAUCAUUACCGUUCAGUCUUUGGCUAGCGAAAUCUUGUCAACUGUCCCCCAAUCGUUUGGCGAUAUCGAUCACAUAGGUCGAUGGCACUCGGGGUCAAAGACGGCUCGUUGGCAGGCAGUUGGUGCAUACCUUCUGCUUUGGCCGAUAAAGAUCAUCAAAAGCCAGAGUGCUCUAACUACGAAUUCACAGAAAGAGGAUGCACAAAGAGUAUUUGAUAGGAUCAGAGAGUGUACAGGCAUGAAGUCAAGCUUGGGUGUUCUAUCCGAGAUCUAA